AUGUCGCAUUUCCUCGUCAAGUCUGCCGAAUUCGCGCAGUUUGAGUCCUCUCGCAUGGUUCAGAGAGAAGCCGAGAGAGAUGCGAGAGAGCGACGAGAGGGGCGGGGGACCGCAAAGCCGAGCGACGCAGAAGGGGAAGACUCCGGACUGAAGCCUCGACGCGUCACGCAGUUUUCGCUUCUUCAUCCCAAGCAGCAGAGAAGACUAGCAGAACAAGCGAUUGUGAAGGUGCGGAUCAUUCGCGACAAAGAGCGCCGACGCGCCUCGUCGCCAUACUUGCCCCUGUCGUGGAAAGAAAGCGGCUCGGCAACAGCGAAGGAGAAGCGCUCGCUGGGAUUUGCCUUCGUGGACUGCGCGCAUGCGGAGGUCGCAAAAAUUCUGUUGAACUUUCUCGGCAGCUGCACCAGUCGCGAUUUCUUGCCCGAGAACUUGGCGGCGCAGAAGGACGCGGGAGAAGAGACAGAAGACGAGGAGAGACCACGCCACGGCCGGAGCAUGUGGCGUAGGCUUAUGGUCGAGUAUGCGAUGGAGGACGCACGGAAAGUCAAACUUAAAGAAGAGAAAAAUCGCGCCUAUGUGCAAAUGCUCGAGAGGCAAAAGAAGAAGAACCAGGAAGGAGAAGAAGGCAGUCAACCGCCUUCUUCCGCGAAGCCGUCGCUGCCAAAGAAACUGAAAACCUACAGCCGAGGCAAGCGUCAACGGGAACGUCGUCGCCAGGCGCGUCUCGCCGCUGCUGGCGUGGGUGAAUCGCAAUCUUUGCUGAACGGCAUCGAAAACGAAAAGACGUUUGAGAAGAAGGAGGCGAGUCAGAGUGCAAGUGAAGCAAACAAGAAACAUGUGAACGACGAGAGCAAGAGGACGGAAGGCAAGAAGCGGAAGAUUAGCAGAGAGGCUGACGAAAGCUCGGCUGCAGAGGACGAAAUCCUCGUCUUUGAUGAAGAAGGCGAAGCCAACGCGGAAGAAUAUUUGAAGAAUAGGGUUCAGUUUCUUCUCAGCAACCAAGGAUGA